AUGCAUAAUAAGAACAAUGACUUGAGUGAUCUUAAGCAUGAUGAUGGGUCAACAUAUAAUUCUGUAGUUGCUGUCCAGAAAAAUAAGAAGUCAGGCUUUUCUGAAGAAAAGUUAUAUGAAGGAGGGAUAUUUAAAAGUUGGAAAGAAGCAUUAAAUGUAAUAACAAUAUAUGCUCAACAGAAAGGAUUUGGAUUAAGAAAAGGCUGUAGUGAAAAAACUUUAAAUAGGCGAUUAGUUUUAAACUUUAAUAUUAGUCUUAUGGAACUUUCUGAAGCUUUAGAAAUAAGUAUAAAUGAAGAAAGCAACAAAACAAAAUAUAUUUAUUGGAAAACCCAAAUUCCAUUAAUGUCUUCUGUUAUCAUGUUACCACAAGCAUUGUUUCUUGAAGUUGACAAGGCUUUGAGUCAUUUUCUUAUACCCACAAUGCUAAAGUUCAACAUAUUAAAGUUAAAAGUUGUUUAA